AUGAGAACUUUUGGUAAAAAUAAUAUACUUGACAAUCAAUUACCUAUUCAUCAACAAUCCAAUGAAUUUUCUACGUUUUUUAAUAAUUUACGUAAUUGGAAAUCAGUUUCAAAUAUAUAUUCAAAGAAAAAGCUAUUAUAUCUUGAUGAAAUUAAACCUUAUUUACAAAAAUAUUUUAUUAAUAAUAUGUCUGUUAUUCAUCAGCAUUGUAAAAAAAAUAAGUUUAUCGAUAAACAAACAUUUGAACACAUUUUACGAAGUUCAGGCAUUUUAAUUAACAAUUCUUGUCUCGAAUCUUUAUGGAACUCAUGUCAACCAUCUGCUAAAGGUAUUUCAUAUGAAAUGUUUCUUCAAAAUUUUGUUCCAUGUCAGUUAGAAAAUAAUCAAAACUCGAUCGAUUGUUCAAAAGAUAAUUUAUUAUCAUCAAAUCAAUGUCGAAUAUUAAACUAUUCAACACGUAUUAUUCAUAUAGUUAAAAAAUAUUGGCAAAAUUUAAAAGAUGAAUUUUAUUCACUUGAUCGAUAUGGUCGAUUGUUCAUUACUAUUGAUCAAGCCGUUAAGGAGUGUUGA